GUUAUAAGGGGACGUCACUUCCUGCGCGCCUUGUCAUCUUUGAGCGAACCAAGAUGGCGUCGGCGAGGAGCCGUUGGCUGUGGCGCUGCUGCGCCUUUUUCGGACGGAACUUUCCACUCUUCUCAAACGUGAGGACACAAUGUGCAUCUGGACUGAGGGCACCAUGGAGGAAAAUGGCAACUCUGGGGUUUGGAAUGACCUUGGCUGCUAUCCCUAUUGCCCAGAAACAUGAUCCGAGUUCUCUUAGCAAUGAAGCCUUGAUCCGAAGAGCAGUUUCCCUAGUAACCGACAGCACUGGGACCCUCCUUUCUCAAACAACUUACGCACUGAUUGAUGCUCUAACAGAAUAUACAACGGCAGUUUACACAUUGGUGUCCCUGUACCAGAAAUAUACGCAUCUCCUGGGGAAAAUGAAUUCCAAGGAAGAGGAUGCUGUUUGGCAAGUGAUCAUUGGGGCCCGAGUGGAGAUGACGACAAAGCAGCAGGAAUAUCUCAAGCUGGAAUCCAGGUGGAUGACGGCCCUGCGGCUUUCAGAGAUGGCAGCAGAAGCUGCAUAUCAGUCAGGGGCUGACCAAGCCUCGGUGUCAACACACAACCACAUUCAGCUAGUAAAGACCCAAAUCCAGGAAGUCCGGCAGCUGUCCCAGAAGGCUGAAACCAAGCUGGCCGAGGCUCAGACGGAGGAGCUCCUGAAGUUGAAGGAAGAGGAGCCUCUGCUACCAGCCUCUCGGCGGACCAGCACAGAAGAGACAGAAGAAGCCUUCCUUCGUGAAGAUUGAGGAUUGCUGGCACAGACAAGAUCCCGCUCGGUUGCCGGAUGGGAAGAAGCGACAUGAAGAUGGAGGAAUAGGUUCCCACUGCUACCUCUCUGGCUUUACCAGCCUGGUGGGCUCUAGCCCUUGAGCUGUGGAUGUUCUGUUGCCCAUCUCUUUAAAUGCAGUGCUGUCCAAAUGCAAAAAUUGUCUACAGAGAGAUGGGUUUCUGGCUCUUGAGGGCUGUUUUGAGUUGAUCCAUCAGCCUCCAGAAUCUAUAGAGAUUGUUGCACGUUGUAAUCACAAAGGGUUGUGUCUUUUUUGCCUUUUUUUAAAAGCAACAUAUGAAAAGUGCUGGUGUUGUGAAGGACAAAUGCUCUACCUGAAAUUUCAGAAAUUAGUUGUGGAAAUUUACAGUUUGGAGGAUCUAUGUCAUUUUUGUGUUAUUGUUUUUCUAAUGAUGUACUUGGGGUAAUUCCCCCCCAAACCAAUUUUUAAAAUAAAAGCCUGAGAA